CUUGUCUCGACUGUGUUGGACAACGUGACUGUUUUAUAGAGAACCGGUAGUGUAUCAAUGUGUUUGCUCUGUUGUGGUUCUGUAGAUUCGUUGUUCCAAACGUCCUUCAAGACAGUAACCGAAGUAGUCGAUGCGACUGAAAUUUGUUCAGAAAGCAGUGAGCGUGUGUUACCGAAGCAGACCGGUCAACGACGCCUACUGCGUCAGAUCACACAUCCAAAAAUUCAUUCAUGGUUUUUUUUUUCUUUUGUCGGUUUGUCUGUUUGAACCUUGUGUGUCGGUUCUGCUACACACAGUAAUACAGCUGUGAGCUUCCACUGCGACCAAGUGUUGGUAUUGUGACAUCACAGCCUUCUUGCUGAACUACGAGCGUUCGAUUCUGCGCACCGAACACCGAACAGCUGUUCAAUGGUGGACGGACGCUUGCAGCGAUUACAACUGUGUGUAUAUCGUGCCAAAGUUAUUCAUUUCGUGAGAUUUUUGUUGUGAUUAUUCUGGCCUGGUGUUCUACCGUUUUAUUACCUGUGUCUACGCCAGCAGUUGUCAAGUAGACAAACAUGUGCUGAACCGCUGUGCUCAUCGCAAAUCUUGACGAACCGUGAGUUGAACACAGUUCCGAGUGACAACUCGCGAGAAGCGGAACAAAACUGUUGUGACAAGUUAUCAUUCGUGAUAAGGCCAAUAUAUCUGCGCUGGGCUCUUUUUCUACCGGAUGAGCCUCACCGCUUAGGGUUGCGGAAUGGCUCCAACCGAGAACGGCACGAGGUACUCGUCAGUGCAGCAGGCAACCUCCGAAGAGCCCUCAAAGCCGGAGACGAUCGACCUGGAGGCGCAUCCACUAUCGACGACGACCGACGGUCAAGACAACGGGCAGGCUCAAAACCCAGUGAAAAGUAUCUCUUGGAAAGAUGGAUUACCUCAGAUCUCCGCCGCCAUGCUGAUCAACCUGCUGGUGGUCCAAGCCGGCAUCAACAUGACCUACUCGGCGAUCUUGCUGCCCCAGUUGUCGACGCCGGACAGUCCCAUCCAGAUCAACAAGGACGAGGCGUCGUGGAUUGCCAGCGUGGUGACGAUCGCGUUGCCGUUGGGAUCGCUGGUCGUGGGCCAGCUGAUGGAUCAGUACGGCCGGAAGAUGGUGUCGCUGCUGACGUGCGUGCCGUUCGCCAUCGGGUGGGCGCUGAUCGCGAGCGCGCAGGACGUGCGCAUGAUCUACAUCGCGAGGAUCAUACUGGGCAGUUCCGGGGGGUUGACCACGGUUGCGCUUGUCUACGUUAGCGAGAUGUCCCACGUGUCGAUGCGCGCGAUGCUGCUCUGCCUGAACAGUGUGUUUGUUUCGUUUGGGAUCUUGUUGACGUGUGUUUUGGCACUCUUCUUCGAGUGGCGUGCCAUCGCGAUCAUCUUCACCGCGUUUUCGGUGGUUUCAUUUUUCCUAAUUUUAUUGAUACCGGAAUCUCCCCACUGGAUACUAACCUUCACCAAGAAGGAUCCGUCCGAAGUGCGACGGGUCAUGAGUUGGGUCUACCGGAACAAAGAACUUGCCGAAUCCCAGUAUCGUCAGCUGAUGCUGACCGAGCGAAGUUCGCUGCGGCCGGUAGCGGUCGACUCUACAAUUAAGCUCAAAUGGUCCCUCAAGCCCUACCUGCGACCACGGGUUUACAAGCCGCUGGUGACCUUGCUGGUGCUGUUCCUGUUCCAGCAACUUUCCGGAGCUUACGUGCUGAUCUUCUACGCGCUGAAUGUGUUCAUGGAGAUUGGCGGAGCCCAGGCUCGUGGCUUUAACGAAUACAGCGCGUUGGUAUUCCUCGGACUGAUUCGCUUCAUCAUGUCCAUUUUGACUUCCGGGUUCUCACGAAAGUGCGGCCGACGCCCUCUGCUGAUCAUUUCGGCAACUCUGAUGGGAAGCUGUGCUACGGUAGCGGCCCUCUACCUCCACUUUGUCCGGGAAGCCGGUCGAGAAAGCGACGAAGCGUUUGGAAGCUACCUGUUGUUGGGUUGCGUACUGGGCUAUGUGUGCUUCAGCGCACUCGGCUACCUCGUCCUUCCGUGGACCAUGAUUGGAGAAGUGCUGCCCACCGAUGUCAAGGGUAAGCUCGGAGGUUUGGUGGUCUCCGUGGCGUACGUGCUCAUGUUUGCCGUGGUCAAAGCCUUCCCGUACCUGCUGGAGCUGAUGGGCAUUCAGGGAAUCUUCUACCUCUACGCCAUCACCAGCUUCGCGGGGGUCAUUUACAUCUACGGUUGGGUUCCGGAAACGUUCGGAAAAAGCUUUCAGGAGAUUGAGCGGUACUUUAUGAAAGAUGACUGAUUAGAGUAGAAAUUGACGCAGGUGUACUUAAGACUAACGAAAGUUACCACAAUAUCAGAGUUCAAAAACAAGUCUUCCAACAAGCGAUAGCAAAUCAAAGGUAGGGUAGUUGUAAGGUUGGGAGUAUUACCGAUUGAAAGCUAUACAAGAAUAGCUUAAUUCGUGAUGAAAUUCGAGACAAUAAUCUUUUUAGCUAAAUAUAAAAUAAAAUAACACA